AUGGAAAACUCCAAUGGCUUCCUUUCAAAAACUUCCAAGCCUUGUCCUGAUUUCCCAACACAAGAUAGCCAAAAACCAUAUCCAUGUACAAGUGGAAUGAGGAAUUCUGAGUCUCCUGUAUGCCUAAACUUAUUUCCAGUUGCUGUUUCUUCUAUACAUCCCAUACAGCCAUUACAUAUACCAGAGUCUGGUGAAAGUAAAAAAUUGCAAGCUAAGAUAGCAAGAUCAAAUAGGAAAAAGGCACGUGAAAUGACCACAAACAAGACGAUAAACCCAUCCAUAAGUUCUUCAUUAUCUAGCCCAUCAUCUUCCAUUAGAUCUGCUAUCAUAAAAAGCACAAAACCACACAAGAGUAGUGAUCAAGACCACUGCAUCUUUUAUACCCCAAAUAAAGUGAAGCUUAGUUUCGUGCUGCAAAAAUUGCUAACGCAUAGCGAUGUUAAAGAGCAAAGUAGAAUCUUGCUUCCAAAGAGGGAAGCGGAGGAAAAUCUACCUCGCCUUGAUUCUAAAGAAGGAAUCCGAAUAGUAAUGAAAGAUGUUGUUUCCAAUGAAGAGUGGAAAAUGCAAUAUAGGUUUUGGGCAAAUCAGAAAGGUAGAAUGUAUCUUCUUGAUCAAAGCGGUGACUUUGUGAAGAAAAAUAAGUUGGAAGUUGGAGACCAGCUGAAACUUUACCAAGAUGAACUUAGGAAUCUU